CCCUGUCAACUGGUGGGUAUCGAGGGAGUGAACAAAGCCGUUAAAGAAGAAGGGAAGAUGGCGAGGUACGGUCGGAACUUGCGGAAAGUAGCUGAGUGCAUAAAACAGUUACCGUCCACAGCCGGCCGGGAUAUCCAGAGUAGAAGCAACGUAAGAUACCUGUCAUCAUGCGGGAUCCUGAUGAUGCGUGUGCAUCCCCUGCUGGGUGCAGCCAUGCCGGGGCGUGCCAUCGUGCUGCCUUCACGCAGCUUCUUCAACCUUGCGGAUUCCUUCUCCAAGAGAAAGGAGUACUCCGAGAGACGCAUCAUUGGGUAUUCCAUGCAGGAGAUCUAUGACGUGGUGGCUGGGGUGGAGGACUACCGCCUCUUUGUUCCCUGGUGCAAGAAGUCUGAGGUGGUGUUCAAGAGAUCGGGCUUCUGCAAGGCCAAACUAACCGUGGGCUUCCCCCCUGUAGUGGAAAACUACACCUCUCUUGUCACUACAGUACGCCCCCACCUGGUCAAGGCGUCAUGUUCAAAUGGUAAACUGUUCAACCACUUAGAGACGAUGUGGCGUUUCAGCCCCGGCCUUCCUGGGUACCCUCGGACCUGCACUGUGGAUUUUGCUAUCUCCUUUGAAUUUCGCUCCCUCAUCCACUCCCCGCUCGCUCACGUCUUCUUCGACGAGGUGGUGAAGCAGAUGGUUUCUGCGUUCGAGCGCCGUGCCUCCACCAUAUACGGAGCUGAGACACCCAUCCCGCGCGAGCUCAUGUUCCACGAGGUCCACCACACGUAGCGACAGCCACGCUCUGCUGCACAAACACAGACACACAAACAACAGCGCCACAGAGCCUGAAGAGAGACCACCUGUGUUCUAACUGAAAGUGCCUUUCUCACAACAAUGAAACCAUUUCCUGUGUCAGAUUUUAAAGCUGGUGUGGAUCCUCCAGCUGAUUUUCACCUUGGUGCUAAUGCAGGCUCCUGUUUCAGACUUUCAUCUGGUUGUGAAACUGAGCUUGCAGGUCAAAUGGAGGCCCCCGCGGUGCGUCAGUCCAGUGCGUCAUCACUUCUGUACACAUUAGCUAUAGUGAUGUCCCCGCACCAGAGCACACACUGAACGCAACUGAAAACAGAGACAAAGCAGUGAUGAGCUGCAAUAAACAGAGUUUAUUCAGAUAUUUUAGAUAUUUACUUUUGCACACAGAUUCUCUAACUUUGCAUUUAUCUGCACCUUACAGUCUGAAACAUAAAGAUAUUCAGUUUCACACAAGACCAAGAAAAUAAGGAAGUUGUGGAUUAUUCAAAAAGCUGCUGAAUCCAUCAUCUUUAAGUAGCUGUGUUUCCACCACAUGGACCAGUGUAGGUUAAGUUCCAGUUUUACUCCGAGAAAUGUCCCUGCUCACAAGUACAGGAACUUUAGAGGCGGGGUUUCUAGUUAGAAGCAUUUCUGAUUGGUUGGAGUACUUAUCUUCUAAAUUACCACCACCUGUUGGACUGCAGUUUGUUGUAUAGUCUAAUGUAAAAGCAGCUGUCACCUUUUCAUAAUUGGAGUAAUUAACUGCUUACCAGUAUGAAGGAACAGUUUACUUCCUGAAACUAAAAGUUCUGGAUACUUUCAGUGGAAAAGCAGCUUUAGAAAGGAAAAAAGGUGUGCUGGUUGCAACUUCUUGAAUGGUAUUUUUUUGUGUGUGUCAAAACUGAUUGUGAAACUGAAGAUUUUUCUGGUCUUGGACUGUCGGUCGGACGUUUGAAGACAUUGCAAUGCACUGUGGGAAAAUACACAGGGCAUUUCUCAGUUUACUGGCAGAAGGAUUAUGAAAGAACUCAUUUAUUGUGGCUAGAUGGCCCUUUUUUAUUUAAACAGCAGAUAUAGCAGCUUAGUCUGCUAAUGAGGACCACUUGAACAUUUCUCACCCUUUGUGGUUCUUUGAGUACAACAGAAACACAAAUGCAGCUUCAUUUAUCUUCCAAACACAGAGACAAAGAGCUUUAGACCAACACUAUAAAAUAAAAACAGGAAGAAAUUCAUUGAAUGUAUAGCAAAAUUAGAUUUAAAGAAUAAUAUAGAACAAAAGAAAAUAAAACACAAAUAGAAAAAAGGUCACAGUGAGAGAGGUAAUGCAGGAUGUAGUGAAGCCAAAGGAAAGUAACAAUUGGUGGAAGGUUCAAGGAAGCACAAGGUUACAUUGUCCCCAUACCAGAAAGCUUUUCUGCCUUCCAAAUUGCACUUUACUGAAGUACAUAGUGUUGCAUGUAGCGUGCAUACAGCUGGGAAAUACUGUGACAUAACAUUGCACCUUGAACUUUGACCCGCUUCUGUAUCUAGCACAUGGGAUUGUAGGCUUACAUAUUCCUUACUGCAUCUGGAUAGAGUAGAACAUCUGGUUAUUUUUGCAUUUAGGUGAUGGACUCCAUGCUCAUAUGGUAGCAUGUGUAAUGCAACGCACCCACUGCAGUCAGAACCAACACCACUGAAAUCCCACAGUUCUUUGUACCAAAGGUAGAGCAGAGUCCAGGUGCCUUUCUGCUUCACGUGCCCCUGACGGCACAAAUCCUGCUAAAAAAACAUCACCACUUUUAACACAAACUCCUACAGUCUCAAAACAAACCAACACAUUGAACUGGGUAUGAAAGGCCAGCAGAUUAGACACUCACAGGAAGAGGGAUGUCCAACAUGUCUGCUGAUAGACCGAGCUGCUGCUGUUUAGCUGCUUUAUUUUUAGUGUGGAUGGACACAGGCCUUCCACCAUUAUUAAAUGAGCCAUUCUCGACAAUUAGACAGCAGUGGGUAGAAUUAUUAUUUUUGGGGGGGGGGGGUAAGUGUGCCGUAGCAGCAUUGUGGUUUAGUGUUGCUAAAUGAUGCAGGCAAGCAAGUGUGUAAAACCCACUGCUGAUGUGAGGGCGCAAAGUGGCUGCUUGGCAGAGAAGCCAAGAGCCCGUAUGUAUGAGACUAAUGAGCAUGAGUUUGGGGUGUAGUGCUGUGUUUGAUUUAUUCCUUUUGUUCCUGCAGUUUAGCUGGCUUGCAGCUGAGGAUUUUUGAGAUUAAAACAAGCUUUCUUUUUGGCACUAGAGGUUAUCAUGUUUGAAAAAAAUACUGUUACUAACCAAAAUGUCUUGGAUGUUUUGGUUAGUCAAAUUUCUGGGAUGUCAGUGAGAUUGAGUGGACAGUGAUUGACCACAGCUCCUUGUUGGCCUCUCAAAGUAUCCGCAGUCUAAAUGAAUGAGUUUUACAGUCAUUUAGUGUGGCCCUACAUGAAUGUAUUACCACAGACAAAUCACCCCCCUGUACAGCUGGUAUGAAUGGAGAAACUAUAGAGAACAAAAAAAUGUUUUUUGCACCAAGCUGUAAACAUGUUUAUUUCUGUUGUAAAGAUGAAUUUGGGAGCCUGAGAGGAUUGACUCCCUUUUGACACCAGUCUCAAGUGGCCACUAGAGGAACUGCAGUGUUUGGCAUUUCAGCAUUGGCUUCAUUCAUCACCCCCACCACUUUAUUGGCUACCUCCGUAUAUGGUCAUACAUUUGUGUCAUAUCUGACCUCUGACUGAUGUCAAAGUGGUUGCUCCUUCAGUGCUGACUCCGCACAAUUAAAAAUAAACAUGAGUGAAAACAGCAGUGAGGCGAGGACUUCAGAUUUAUGGAAAAGCUGGAAGAAACUUAAACCCUGCACACGUGUGCUCGCUCAGGCGAGUGAUGUCAGUGUUGCUUUUCUUCACAUUUCAAUUAAUCAUGAAUGUAAACUGUGUCCCACCAGCAACAUGGAAAAGUGAACCUUUCAGUUCUCAAAGGUUUAUUCAGUGGUGUGUGGUCCUGCAAGAUUGUGUGUGUGUGUGUUUAUAUAAGAAUUAUUUAAAGUCAACUUAAUUUGGGCUGAAUUAGCAGUGAUAUAUUUUAUAUUCAAAUCCAAAUUGAUAAAAAGGGAAUUGGCUAAAAGGGAAUAAAAUUGUGCUGCAAGACUUUCUGUUGAUCAUCAAAUAAAACACUGAGAAAGUGGAGAAAGGAAGACACUAGCUCUGCUAAAUGCCAAAUAAAGACGAGAAAUCAAAUGUUUAAAUUCAUGAAACACAUUUAGAAAAUGUAUUAUGAUCAUUAUUAUUAUUAUUAUCAAACAGCUAAUGGACAUUUUGAAACAAUAUUCAGUCAGAAGACAUUUGACACACAUUUGUUGGGAGUACAACCAGCAUGUAUGAGUUUGAUAAAUGGGGCCUCAGAUCCGGAUGUUUCAGCGAUGAUUCCACCUGUCCAACACACAGCACCCACAGAGUGCCUCCAGGCCUGCUGGCAACAUAUUUAUCUUUAUUUGUAAAGGAACAAUAUACUCAUUUUAUCAUAUUUAUUACUAAGUUUCAGUGUAAAUGAAAACACCUCACUCUGGGAGCCCCUCGUUAGCAUUUAUAAGCAGUAUUCCUAAUAGAAUGUAAUUUUACCCCGCUGGGAGGACUCUUCCAUAAGCGUUACUGUGUCAUCAUUAUGUUUAUUCACCGCCCUGCAUUUGCCUUCUGUCUGCUUAUUAUUAACUGCUUUUACUGGUUAUAAAUGCUAACUAAGGGUGCUUCAUGUGAAGUUUAAAGUGUGUAAAUAUUAGUUUUAAGAUCACUUUAGAAAGAGCUAUACACUGCUGUAUGAUUAUGGAUUUGUGUCAGCCUGUUUCAUGCGAUGUGGAAAGGAGGUUUUGUUUGUGUUUAUAAACAUGGACCGACUGCAUGAUUUAUAAAGUAUUUUUUCUAAAAAACAAA